AUGCCAGGAGGUAGGAGACUUUAUAGCUCGUCUAACUUGUAUGUAUCACCGUUGAGUACCUCAGUCGGUGGUAUGGUGCGGCGUGCAAUGGUUUCCCCUCUAACCUCAAGCAGUUCACUUAAGCGUCAUUUAGGAUCCACCUCGCCUGUAACUUCACCUCACACUCCAGAGGAGUCUAUUAGGGAAGGGAAAAUUACCGAAAAAGAAGCUCUCAUCCUAGGGUAUCCGUACAAACUGGUGGAUACGGUGGACGCGUUAAAGGAAACCGCACUUUGUCUUAAUAAAAGUCGCUUAAUUGCGCUCGAUAUCGAGGCUUUCUGCACUGAAAGUGAUAGGAAGCAUCUUGGUCAGAUUUCUCUCAUUCAGGCCUGUACGGAUGUCUAUCCGGUUGUCUUUUUGAUCGAUGUUCUGGUGCUAUCCAUCGCGUUGACGAAGCAAUACCUCGCCCCGGUGCUGGAAAAUGCGGCGAUCACGAAGCUUUUUUUUGACUGCCGUCGGGAUAUCGAGGCGCUGAGUGUGCAGAUGGGGUUAACCCCUAAUACCGCGUUAGAUCUGCAGCUCCAGUUCACUGCCUUGCAGUGGCGGCUGCGUAGUGUAAACAGACGAUCCGGGAUGGCGUAUGUGCUAAAAGACGUCGCCGGGAUCACCCGUCCGGCCGGGCAUGCCGCCGUUCACACCGCGAUGACACUCGGGCAUCGCCCGGUGUGGGAUGUUCGCCCGCUUCCCGCGCAUUUUCUCGAUUACGCGGCGGAUGACGUCCGUCAAAUUCUCCUCCUCGCGCCGAUCCUCGAACGCCGCUGCAACGGGGUCGUUUCGAUGGCAGCGGUGCACCGCCUAACGGCGCGCUACGCCGCGCACUACGGCGUCGGGAGGCUCGUCGAGGAGGAGGCCGACGAAAAGUCGGCGGAAGUGAAUCAAACCUGGCUGGAGCGCGAUAUCGGGUCCGGCGGGAAAUGCGCGUUUUGCCACGCCAAAGGCCACACUGAGGCGGAAUGCUUUAAGAAGACGAACCGCACGACGCGAUGCACCUUUUGUGGGGAUCUUGGCCACACCUCGCGGAAUUGCUACCAAAAACACCCGCAGCUCCUGAAGUGUGAUUUGUGCGGGCAGGUCGGGCACCCCGCGUCGUCGUGCUAUAAGAAGAACCCCUGCAUUCAUUGCGGUGGAUUCCACAACAGCGCGAACUGCCAUCGUCAUCUACAGAAGGGGUCGUAUCCCGGUGAUUCCGCUUCGAAGAGAGCGGUAUAUGGGAAAUAA